GUUCCGUAUAGAGGCAUAGAGAGAGAGAGGGAGAGAGAGAGAGAGAGAUGGGGAGCAAGGGUGAGUACGUUCCAUUGUUCGAGACAAGCAGAGGGAAGGGAAGGGCGAUAUACAAAGCGUUUGUGGCAUCAGUGUUUGUGGGUAUAGUUUCCAUAUUGACAUACAGAGCCACAAACAUCCCGGCAUGGGAAGAAGACGGGUUUGUGGGCUGGAUUUUCUGCUUUGCGGCGGAGCUCUGGUUCGGCUUCUACUGGCUCCUAUCCCAAUCUCUUCGCUGGAACCCCACCUAUCGCCGCACCUUCAAGAACAGGCUCUCCCAGAGGUUUCAGGAUGACGAGCUCCCGGGAGUGGACGUAUUCGUGUGCACGGCGGACCCGAACAUGGAGCCGCCGGCGAUGGUGGCGAACACUGUGUUAUCGGUGAUGGCGUACGACUACCCGCCGGAGAAGCUGAGCGUGUACGUCUCCGACGACGCAGCCUCCGAACUUACUUUCUAUGCUCUCUUGGAGGCGUCUCGCUUCGCCAAGCACUGGAUUCCGUUCUGCAAGCAGUUCAUGGUGGAGCCCAGAUCCCCUGCCGCUUACUUCCUCUCUUCUUCUUCCUCUCGCGAUUCCGUUCCUGCUGAAUGCUUCAACUCCGUCAAGAAGUUAUAUGAAGACAUGGAGAAUCGUAUCACAUUUACAACUAAACUUGGAAGAGUCCCAGAAAACACGAGCUCAGAACAUGAAGGAUAUCUUCAAUGGAACAAAUUUUCAUCUAAAUAUGACCAUCACACCAUACUUCAAACACUAAUUGAUGGGAGAGACUCAAAUACCAAGGAUAUUAAAGGUUGUUCAUUGCCAACUCUUGUAUACUUAGCCAGGGAGAAGAGACCAAAGCAUCCUCAUAAUUUCAAAGCAGGAGCUAUGAAUGCAUUGAUAAGGGUGUCAUCAGAAAUUAGCAAUGGGCAAGUAAUAUUAAAUGUGGAUUGUGAUAUGUACUCGAAUCAUUCAUGUUCUGUGAGAGAUGCACUUUGUUUCUUCUUGGAUGAAGAAAAAGGACAUGAAAUUGCCUUCGUCCAGUUCCCACAGGGUUUCGAAAAUGUUACAAAGAAUGAAUUAUAUGGUAGUUCUUUAAGAGUUAUAUAUGAGAUGGAAUUCCGUGGUUUCGAUGGUUAUGGAGGUCCUCUUUAUAUUGGAACUGGUUGUUUCCAUCGAAGAGAUACCUUAUGCAAUAGAAAAUUCAACAAGGAUACUAGGAUUGAGUGGAAGAUGGAGAACGAUAGGAAUAUAAAAGAAACUGCAAGUAAAUUAGAGGAAAGACUUAAAGGACUUGCAAGUUGUGGAUAUGAAGAGAAUACUCAAUGGGGAAAACAGAUGGGCUUGAAAUAUGGUUGUCCAGUUGAAGAUGUGAUAACUGGGCUAUUGAUUCAAUGUCAAGGAUGGAAAUCCGUGUAUUAUAAUCCAACAAGGAAGGGUUUCUUAGGUGUUGUUCCAACCUCAUUGAAUGACACACUUUUGCAGCACAAGAGAUGGUCCGAAGGUGUUCUACAGAUUUUGCUAUCUAAGUAUAGUCCUCUAAGGUAUGGAGUUGGAAGAAUUAGCCUUGGCCUUCAAUUGGGAUAUUGCACACACUGCCUCUGGGCUCUGAACUGCUUCGGAACGUUAUAUUACUCUAUUGUCCCUUCACUUUACCUUCUAAGAGGCGUCUCUUUGUUCCCACAGGUCUCAAGCCCAUGGUUACUACCAUUUGCGUACGUGACAAUUUGCGUAAACAUAUACAGCGUGGUUGAGUUUCUAUGGUGUCAAGGCACAAUCUUAGGAUGGUGGAACGAACAAAGAAUGUGGCUCUAUAAGAGAACGACCUCCUAUCUAUAUGCCUCUAUUGAUGUCAUCUUAGGGUUACUUGGUCUUUCAACUACAUCUUUUGUGGUCACAAAUAAAGUGUUUGAUCCAGAUGUGUCCCAGAGAUAUAAGCAAGAGGUGAUGGAGUUCGGAACCUCUAUUCCCAUGUUUACCAUUUUGGCAACACUAGCUCUACUCAACUUAUUCUCGUUGAUCUGGGUAGUCAACAAAGUGUUACUCACAAAGGAUGGGCUUAUGCUUUGUAAGACCAUGGUUUUGCAGAUUCUACUAUGUAGCCUUCUUGUUGUCAUUAAUUUGCCACUAUACCAAGCUCUUUUCCUCCGAAAGGAUAAAGGUAAUAUGCCAAGCUCUAUCACAACAAAAUCAACCUUUUUAGCUCUCUUCAUUUGUUCUUGUUUUGUGUUCUUGUACUAGAUUUGAUAUUCAACUUAAUAUCCUUUAAGAUUAUCUGAACCUUCAUUCAACUUGGAUACUU